AUGGCAUCUAGCACCGCCCUUGUUGUUCGUGUUGUCGACGGACAAGCCCCCAAACUUUCAAAAGAGGACAUCGCAGUUCCCCGCCCAGCAGCAAACCAGGUCCUUGUCAAACUAUCAUAUGUUGCCCAAAACCCGACUGAUGUACAAUCGUUUGAUCGCAACGCCUUCGGAGAUGGCACCGUACUCGGAUGCGACUUUGUAGGCGAGGUUGUCGAGUUGGGCAGCGGCGUUACUAGACUUGCCAAGGGCGAUAUUGUGUCUGGUCUGAUUUGGGGCGGAGAAGUCAAGUACGUCGGCGCAUAUAGCCAGUACUGCGUGGCCGACGAACGGAUCUCAUUCAAAGUCCCCCAGGGUAUUUCAAGAGCACAAGCCAGUACUGUUCCACUGGCCGCUGCUACAGCAUGGCUUGCUUUGCUCUCGAAAGAGUGUCUAGCGCUUGAUCGCUCCAAAGCCAAGAGUACCAGCGUUCUGGUCUGGGGCGGAAGCUCCAGCGUUGGUCUAUACACAAUUCAGCUCGCCUCGCGUCUUGGCUUCGAAGUGAUAACAACAUGCAGCCCCAAGCACGCUGACCUUGUCCGCUCUUUUGGCGCUCUGCAUGUCUUCGACUACAAGGACAGUGAUGUUGUUGCCAAAAUUCAAAAGGCCGCCCCGAAUCUGAAACAUACUUUCGACACUAUCGGUAAUGCUACUUCAUCCUCUACUGCUUCUCGUGCACUCCGCAAUGGAACCGGUAGGCUGUGUACCGUGCGACCUGGAAAGGUGCACACCGAGAACGUCGCCGCAGGAACCGUUGUCACAGAUGUUCUGGUGUGGACAGCAUUCCUCAAAGACCACGACUAUGGAGAUUUCAAAUGGCCUGCAUCAGAACAUGACCACGAGCUAUCCAGUGAGCUUUUCGAAAAGCUGCCCGGGUGGUUACAGAAUGGCACUAUCAAGCCGAAUACUCCCAAGGUUCUUCGUGGCUUAGACGCGGUUCCAGACGGAUUCCAGGAAUAUAGAGAUGGGAAUAUUUCCGCCUAUAAAAUUGUCUACGAAAUAUAG